CCACUCGAAUUCCAAUCAGUUAGUAUAAAAAUUGUAAAAUGUUAACCCUUCGAUUGCUGGCCCAUUGGACCAGAGAGCCUUCCGUCAAGGCCUUUCGCUUUGGAUGCGGUGACUACAGGCGCGGCCUCAAGGUCGCCGUCGUGGGUGCGGUGGGUGGCAUUGGACAGCCGUUGGCCCUGCUGCUCAAGCAAAAUCCGCACAUCUCCACACUGACCCUGAACGAUCUGAGGAAUACGGCAGGAGUGGCGGCGGAUCUGUCGCAUAUCAACACCCGGGCCACUGUCUGCGCCUUCGAGGGCAAGGAUGGGAUGAAGAAGGCUCUGGACAAGGCGGAUAUAGUGGUGGUGCCGGCCGGGAUGCCCCGCAAGCCGGGCAUGAAGCGGGAGGAUUUGGUGGGCGUCAAUGCCAGCGUGGCCUGCGAGGUGGCCCAUGCGGCCAGCGCCGCUUGUCCCGGCGCCCUGCUGGCCUUCAUCACGAAUCCCAUCAAUGUGAUAGUGCCGAUCGUGGCCACGAUCCUCAAGGCGAAGGGAACCUACGAUCCGAAUCGACUGUUCGGAGUCACCAGUCUCGAUGUGGUGCGGGCCAAGGCCUUUGUGGGCGAUAUCCUCAAUGUGGACCCGCAGUCUGUGUAUUUGCCAGUCAUCGGUGGCCACACGGGUCGCACCAUCCUGCCCAUCCUGUCGCAAUGUGAUCCCGCCUACAAGGGCACCGACGAGGAGCGCGAGGCUCUCAUCCAUCGCGUCCAGGAGGCCGGCACCGAGGUGGUCAAUGCCAAGGGUGGCCAGGGAUCGGCCACCCUAUCGAUGGCCUACGCCGCCUCCAACUUUGUGAACUCACUGAUCAAGGGAAUCAAGGGAACGGGCGACGAUGACCAGUGCAUUGUGGAGUGCGCCUAUGUGGAGUCCGAUGUUACCGAUGCCAAGUUCUUUGCCACCCCACUGAUCCUGGGACCCCAGGGCAUCAAGGAGAAUAUCGGACUGCCCGAGAUGGACGAUGCGGAGAAGCAGGCACUGGAGUGCAUGCUGCCGAUCCUGAAGGAGAGCAUCGCGAAGGGCCUCAAGUUGGGCGAGGAAAUGAUCAACUGUUGUUAAUUAUUAAAUGUUUUUUAUUUCAA